UCGUCUCCGAUUCCCACCUCUCCGCCUCCGGCGUCGCCCUCUCCACCCCCACCCCCACCAUUCCCGAUUCUCAGCCUGCGGCCUCCCCGCAGCCUUCCAGCCCGCCCGCCCCUCCUCCUCAUCCGUCUUCGAAUCCGCCUCCUCCAGCUGGUCGAUCUCCUUCGCCUCCAUCGCCGCGUGUGACUCCGUCUCCUCCGUCGCCGAGACCGCACCCUCCUCCGUCUCCGCGCUCGCCACCGCCGCACUCGUCGUCGAGCUUGGUACCGACGCCGGUCGUGGUCGGAGUCGCGGUUGGAGGUGUACUUAUCCUAUUUCUUCUGAGCUUCCUAUGCGUUUAUUGUCGGAAAAAGAAGCGCCUGCCGCCGCUACUGUCCCCGCACCACCCGGCCCAUUACUACGAAGAUGACUGGUAUGGUGCAUAUUUGCAGAAACAAAACCAUGCUUCAUCUCUACAAGAUCAUGGUGUCAAAGUGCCUCCUCGACCUCCUCCUCCUCUACCAACAGUUUGUUUGCUUCCUCCACACUCACCUGGUCCUCUUCCGACUCCACCUCUGAAUAAGAUCGGCAGCACUGGAGGUUCUGGGUCCAACUAUUCUGGGUCUGAUGUACCACUUGCAUCUCCAUCUCCUGAUGUUUCUCUAAGCUUCUCAAGAUGUACCUUCACUUAUGAAGAGAUGGCUAUGGCAACAGAUGGUUUCUCUGAUGCAAAUCUCCUUGGGCAAGGUGGUUUUGGUUAUGUACACAGAGGAGUACUUGCCAAUGGCAAGGAAGUUGCGAUUAAACAGUUGAAAAUUGGAAGUGGACAGGGUGAGCGUGAAUUCCAGGCUGAGGUUGAGAUAAUAACUCGGGUUCAUCACAGGCAUCUUGUUUCACUGGUUGGAUAUUGCAUCUCUGGUGGCAAGAGGCUGCUUGUUUAUGAAUAUGUUCCUAACAAUACUCUGGAUUUUCAUCUGCACGGGAAAGGUCGACCAACUAUGGAAUGGCCUGCUCGUUGGAAAAUUGCAUUAGGUUCUGCAAAAGGGCUGGCAUAUUUGCAUGAGGACUGUCACCCUAAGAUUAUUCACCGUGAUAUAAAGGCAUCCAAUAUUCUCAUUGACUACAAGUUCGAGCCUAAGGUUGCAGAUUUCGGGCUUGCUAAGUUUGCUUCUGAUAACAAUACUCAUGUUUCUACUAGGGUUAUGGGAACCUUUGGUUAUUUGGCUCCUGAAUAUGCAUCUUCAGGUAAACUCACUGAUAAAUCAGAUGUCUUUUCAUUUGGUGUAAUGCUCCUGGAGCUAAUCACCGGGCACCAGCCUCUUGUUUCUUCCCGAUCUAAGUUCUUGGACGAUAGUUUAGUUGAAUGGGUACUUGUUCUUCACACUGAAUCUUUUUCCUACCCCAUAUUAAAGUGUAUAACGAUAUUGCUUCUGCUGACUUUUUCAUACCUGCAGGCAAGACCAUUGCUCACUGGAGCUCUUGAGGAUGGCAAUUACGAUUCCCUUAUUGAUCCAAAGCUAGGAAAUGAUUUUAAUCCAAAUGAGAUGACUUGCAUGAUUGCUUGUGCUGCUGCUUGUGUGCAGCAUUCAGCACGGCGACGCCCAAAGAUGAGUCAGAUUGUCCGAGCUUUGCAAGGAGACGUCGUUCUCGAAGAUCUAAAUGAACAAACAACCCCUGCUCACAAUAGUUCAGAGCUCGAGUCUGGCCAGUACAAUGACAACAUGAAGUUUAGAAAGGUGGCAUUGGCACCUCAAGAGAAUGCGAGCAGUGAGUACUCUCAGAGGACCAGCGAAAACAACCGGAAUCCAUUGUCUUCGAACUGUGAAAACCAGCAGACACAAGAGAUCGAGGCGAGCAACAAGAACGACAGCUAUGGUUCGUCCGGCAGCAGCUUGUGAGAAACACUUUGUAGCUCCAUUUGUGAAGGCUCAGUCAAUCUUAAUUCCAUGCACCAUUCUUCCAUUCGAUAAGCAUAAACAGUUUGUAUAUAAUAAACAUAUUAUUUAGGAAUUAAUCAUACAAAUUUCAUAUUUGUUGUAAUUAGGUAUUUAGUUUUAUAUGAAUGGACGUCGCUAAACAUCCUGUUAUAUAAAGUUGAAUGUUGGACUUUGAUUUAAGUAAACC